ACAAAAGAAAGCAAAAUAUUGUAUAACCGGAAUGUAGAAAAUGCAUGAUCGCUACUCAAAAACAAUGACCAAUUUAUUUUAAAUUAUUGGGAAAGAACCGUUAUUUGAGAAUGUUACGACGUUCCUCCGUUCAAGCGCUUUCGACUUUAAUUCGAAGAUUUUCCAACAUUUCACUGCGAGAGUACCCGAAAGCAUGCUCUUCUAUAGCAUUGAAAACAACUUCAAGACUGCCAGUGGAUCCAGUGUGUAGCAGUACAACGCCGCAUAAACUAGUGUUUUUACCUCGUGAGAUUUAUCUGGACGUUGGACAGUCCCCAGUUGUGAAUCCAUUGCUUCCACUAAAGGAAAUCAUUGAUGUACCACGAAUCAAAUGGAUAAUCGAAAAUCCCAACAUGUCUCGCAUUGUCGAGAUAGGCGAUAGUGCUAAAGUUAAUUCCAAUAUGGAGUUACCGACCAACAACAACCCUGUUGGCAACAACGGAAUCCAAGCUGCAAGGUUAAUCGUCAUUCGUCGUCGAAAAAUGCGAAAGCACAAGCUGAGAAAACUACGCAAGAAGAUGAAAUUCGAAUGGGCAAAGGUUCGUCAACGACGAGAAUUGCGCAAGGAAAAAGCUUUCCAGGCUGGACUAAUCGGUCAAAUCAAAGAAGCGGAGAAAUUCUCCGCCGAGGCCUAUGUUGCCAGUAAGCUGCGGCAAGCAACAGAGACGCCAAUUCCCCGCUUCUGGAAGGGCAAGCGGUUGCCCCAGUUCAUAAUUAAGCAAAAAAUGGGGAUUGAGUAAAUUUGUAAAUAAAUAGACCUGGUUGGUAGCGUAAUGUGAAAUAAAUAUUUGUUCGAAAAUUGCAAUAAUUAGUAGAUUACUGCAAUUACUCGAAUAUAUUUGUCCCAUGAACUAUA